GCUUUAGCGCGCUGUUCGUCCUAAUCAAGUAAUUUCUUUCGCACGACCUUUUUCGCACCAAUUUUUUUUUCACUCCAAUUGAGGAAGCCUCCGAGGAAAAAUCCGCCGGACACAUAAAUAAAACAGUGCCUUUUUCUCUUCACCUUCAACGCCAGCCAUUAUACACUAAAUGUCUCCACAAGCUACUGACAAGAAGCAAUCUGGUAUUGCCAGAGUUCUCGGUUCUGGUAUGUGAAAAAUUGAGACGGGUAGCGAGACUUUUCUCUCUUUAUUUAAGCCGCUUUCCAUCUCAAGAUCUAUAUAGAUUCUGGCCGUUAUUAUGACACAAACUAACCUGCCCAGCCGCCGCUGGUAUCUGCGAAAUCGGUGUUUUCCACCCGGUUGAUACCAUCUCCAAGAGACUUAUGUCCAACUCCACCAAGGUCACCUCCGUUGGGCAGCUCAACUCCGUCAUCUUCCGUAACCACGCUACUGAGCCGCUCGGUAAGAGACUCUUCACCCUUUUCCCAGGUUUGGGGUACGCCGCUGUGUACAAGAUUCUCCAGAGAGUCUACAAGUACGGUGGUCAGCCAUUUGCCAACGAGUUCUUGAACCGUAAUUUUAAGGACUCUUUUGAGAACACCUUCGGUGCCAAGAACGGUAAGGCCUUGAUGUCUGCCACUGCUGGUUCCUUGAUCGGGAUUGGUGAGGUUGUGCUUUUGCCAUUAGAUGUUUUGAAAAUCAAACGUCAAACAAACCCUGAAUCCUUCAAGGGGAGAGGCUUCCUCAAGAUCAUCGCAGAUGAAGGCUUUAGUUUGUACAGAGGUAUCGGUUGGACCAUGGCCAGAAAUGCUCCGGGCUCCUUUGCUUUGUUUGGUGGUAACGCUUUCGCCAAGGAAUACAUCUUUGGCUUGGCUGAUUAUAACACUGCCACCUGGUCCCAGAACUUUGUCACCUCCAUCUUCGGGGCCUCCGCCUCUUUGAUUGUCUCCGCCCCGUUGGACGUCAUCAAGACCAGAAUCCAGAACAGAAACUUUGACAACCCGCAGUCUGGUGUCACAAUCUUGAAGAAUAUGCUCAAGACCGAGGGCUUUAGCGCGUUCUUCAAGGGUUUGACUCCAAAGUUGUUGACUACCGGUCCUAAGUUGGUCUUCUCCUUCGCCUUGGCCCAGUCCUUGAUCCCAGCCUUUGACAAGAUCCUUAAAUAGACUUUCCGUCGUUUUUCUUUCCUUUUGGCUCCGCGGAGCC